AUGCGGAAACCAUCGCUUGCUCAGACCGUCCACGCAACCCUCUUCCCGCGGCAGCGCCAGAGCGAGCCAGCAACGUUUGCAGCCCAUAUCACUCGCAAUCUGGUGCCAGAAGUGCGCAUCGAAACAAAUCACUUUUAUGGGAUCCUCGAUUGCAUUGAAGCCCAAUAUCCGGGCCUGAACUAUACCUACCCCCCUCAUCGCCUGCGACUGAGUCGUUUCCCCUGGCACCGUCGUCUCUUUCGUGCUUUCGAUGAGCUCAAAUUGACCGAGGAUGAAAUCUUGGAGCUUUGCUGCUGGGAGGGUACACAAUCUGCGCGACAGCGCUACGAGCUGGAGGAAAACAUUCGGGUACGGGACACCACAGGAGAGACUGUUCGCAGGGCGAGAGUAACCCCUUCCCCAACAGUGACUCUCCACCCACAUUUCUUCGCCUUGACAGAAGAAUCAGAGGAAGAGGACUACUUCGAUACCAUUGUUGAGACCCGAAGCGAGGACACUGUCCGUGCAAGCACCUCCCGCGCCUCAAGUGCGCUGGCCAAUAUGGGCACCGCUCUGGGUGACGAAGAGUACAGCGACGAUGAAAUUGAAAGCUGUGGGGUGGCACUCAAUCAUCGCUUGAUCGCCGCUACAGCAGCGCGAGCUCGGGGCGCUGAUGUGCCCCUCGAUGAAGACUACGAGCAGUGGCUGAAAGACGUGAACGAGCGGGGCGGCUACGAGUGGAUGGUGGCGGCGAUUCGCACCAACCAACCCGUGGAUCAUCCCGAAGCUGCUGCCUCAUCGUUCUUCCCCUCUGUUGCCCACGAGGCUGAAUUGCGUGGUUGGGCACGACGCGGAGAAGAGGUUGUCCGCCCGAACCGCGGUGUGGCACCAUCUUCUUCGAGCGAAACGGCCACUGCGGUCGGAUCAUAUCCUCAUUCGAUUGAGCCUCUGCAAGUGCAUAGUGCUGAACUUGAACAUGGAUUGGGGCCUCGGCAUUUCUUUAACUGGAGGGGGCUUCUUGCGGAUGACGAGAGAGACCACGACUAUGCUUCACGGCCCUUGCCAUCACAGGCUUCCAGCACUGCACGCUGA